UUUUUUGCCGUUUUGACGCUAUAAAUGUACAGUUAACAGUUUUAUUCGACCCCAUUUGGUGACUUACAGCAUCCAAACACCACUGGUCACCACCUUAAACGCUUAGGCGGCUAUUACGAACGCUUGCGUCAUCCGUCUUUGUGAUGACAGUUCAUGUUACGCAUUACUUGUCAUUCCCUUGGGAAUUUGUUACCUCACUGUUUUGGAGACGGUAUCCUAAUCCUCAUGCAAAGCACGUUUUAUCCGAGGAUGUUUUGGAAAGGUAUCUCCUAUCAGAUGGCAGGUUGUACACUAAACGGUUGUUAAUUAAGAAAAUAUCAAAGAGGAUACCAUUUUGGUUGCUUAAGUUUUUUCCAAAAGGUCAAGUGUCGGUCGUUGAAGAGUCCAUUAUCGACGUUAAUGGUCAACGUGUCGAUGUCGUCUCCAAAAAUUUCGGUGUUUAUAAAAAAUACCUGCUUGUAGGAGAGUACUGCUCGUUGGUACCAUCAGACGAUCAUUCUGUAACAAAAAUUUCACGCAUACUUUCACUUGAAUCCAGUCUAAAAGGUAUUUUACGUUCAGCUGUCAUGAAAACAUCUCAAACCUACUAUAAUUCCUCAUAUAAGGAUACUUACUUGGGUUAUAUGUAUCUUUGUAAUACGUAUAGUAACGCAUACAAUCCGAAAGAACGACAGUCACCAACAAAUGAUGUACCUAAAAGUUCUGUCAGAACGGUUAGUACCAAUGAAACACAAGAAUAUACUUCAUCGAAACUGCCACGAAUAGUCAUGGCAGAUUCCGGAUAAUUAAGUGGCACAAAUUGGAUCAAAAUUUCUUCAUACUCUUUUGUGUAGUAAUAUUUUGUACUUAGGAUUUAUUGUCCCCUUUUUCCAACUAUGUUCAUGCUACAAACUACCUUCCUUUCUCAUUUGUAUGAAUACGAACGUUUCUUACUUGACGAUUCAUCGCCCUAGAAUUUUAAAGUCAAAUAUCUAUAGUUUUUCUUUGAUUUCUUCAUUUACAGGUUGUUUAAUUAUACUGUUGUCUUCUAACAGUGAUUAACUCCUGAUGUAUGUUUUAUAUAGCAGAUAGAAGUAUAUGCAUAAUUUAAUGUACUGUAAUAAAGCAAAGUAAAAAGAUUUUACAGUUCAAAAUGUAAACUAUGUCGAGAAGAGUUAUCAAGUCAUUGUCUUUAACUUUUUUUGGGUUAUAAUAGGAGCAAAACAACGGAAAUCCAAAUGAACUUUAUGCUAUUCCAAUUUAUGAUAAAAGUCUGAAUGAACGGUUAGUGCGUUCACUACAUGGUGGAUCGAAAGCGGAUGUUAAGAGUUGAGUCAACUUAAUAGCUUGUUAAAAUUCACUUGGUAUUGUUUGAAUUUUCCCAUUGAUUUUUAGGACUGCA